AUGCUGGCCUCCCAGCGCCUGUCAGGCGCUUCCAUCCAGCUCCUACGACAUACCCACGGCCUCAACCGAUCACAAUGGCGCUGUCUCCAGCGCCAAUGGCAGCGUCAACUCUCCCGAUCCUCGCACCAACCUCCCCUGGUUCAGUAUACCAAAAUCUCGCGAAGGUGGCAGUCCACGACCGAUGCCGCCAAAGACGCAGCUAAGGAUGCAGCGAAGAGUGCGUCUGCUACUGCGGCGAAGGAGACGGCGGCACAGACUGCGCAAAAGACUGCACAGUCUGCCAAAGACACGGCCCAAACCGCGAAGGACACCGCUCAAACUGCUGCGAAAGCGACAGCUUCUGGUGGAUCGCGAGUAAUAGCUUGGAUUUACGGCACUGGUCUGGUCCUGAUACUUUCGUUUGGAUACCUUUACAUCACCGAUACCCGAGCUAGCGUACACCAAUAUCUGGUCGUCCCUCUUGUUCGUUUGAUCCACUCAGACGCCGAGGAAGCCCACCAUGCCGGGAUCCGUUAUAUCAAAGGUCUCUACGACUUCAACUUACACCCACGGGAACGAGGAAACCAAGACCAAGAACUAGGCGACCUGAAGGUGGAAGUGUUUGGGCACAUUCUUGAUAACCCGAUUGGAACAUCUGCGGGCAUCGACAAGAACGCCGAGGUUCCAGACGCAUUGCUUGCCCUCGGACCUGCCUUGGUCGAAGUCGGAGGUGCUACACCUGUACCACAGGAGGGCAACCCAAAGCCACGAGUUUUCAGGAUACCAAGUCAGAACGCACUGAUCAAUCGCUACGGCCUGAACUCUGAUGGAGCAGAACACGUGGCGAUGCAAUUGAGGGAGCGUGUGAGGCAAUUUGCGUAUAGUCAUGGAAUGGGUUUGGCACCUGAGAGUGAGCGCAUAAUCCUGGACGGCGAGGCGGAGGUACCUCCUGGUAGUUUGGUACCUGGAAAGCUGCUGGCAGUGCAGGUGGCAAAGAACAAGACAACACCCGACAACGACAUUGCAGCAGUCGCAAGAGACUACGUCGUCUGUGUGGAACGUCUGGCUAAAUAUGCCGAUGUACUUGUGGUCAAUGUUUCAUCGCCCAAUACACCUGGACUGCGAGACUUGCAAGCAACCGCUCCACUUACUGCGAUACUGACUGCUGUUGUGGACACUGCGAAAUCUGUCGACCGGAAGACGAAGCCUGCAGUCAUGGUCAAGGUCUCGCCAGACGAGGACAGUGAUUCACAAAUCGAGGGCAUCUGCACUGCAGUGUGGUCUUCUGGCGUUGACGGCGUGAUCGUCGGCAAUACAACCAAGAAGAGGCCGGAUCCAGUACCGAAAGGCUACAUUGUACCAGCCAACGAGGCCCAGGUGUUGACAGAGAUCGGCGGUUACUCGGGACCACAGAUGUUCCAGCGCACGCUCGAUCUUGUGAAGAGAUACAGAUAUAAGCUUGACCAGGGACCGCAAGAAGAAGCAUCAGCACCCACGUACCCUUCCCAGGCUCCGCCGAUAGAUGACACGAAGUCGUCCAUCGACGAGAGUGUGAACAGAGAUGCAACCCGGCUGAAGCCAGAGACUGCUGAGGCCGAAGAGUCAAGCAAGCAACCUCUUAUCAAACUGCCAGAGCGACACACGACUGAAAGCAUCGCAGACACUGCAAAGUCAAUAGGCGAAGCUGCGAAGACAGAUGCUCCUCCGAGCGCCUCGUCUCCUCAAACGCCACCUGCUCUUGCCGAAGGCGAAAAAGGAUCGACCAAACAAGCUGCUGAAGGCGCUCUGCAGAAGAUCAUUUCGGAUGACGGCGCGGCCAAGAAGUCUACCCCUGACAGCGCCACUAGCGCGAUAGAACCAACAACACCGACAAAGAAGUCGCCCGCAGACUCGCCAGCGAAAGUGAUCUUCGCAACUGGAGGCAUCACCAACGGCGAGCAGUGCCUCGAGAUCCUAAACGCUGGCGCCAGCAUCUGCCAGGUCUACACGGCCAUGAUGUACGGCGGUGUGGGCACCGUCACCAGGAUGAAGAGCGAGAUGCGAGACGCCAUCAAAAAGCAGAACAAGAGUCCGUGA